CCUUCAAUAUUGGAUCAUUCCGAAUCUUCAUUGUUGAAUUCAGAAAAUAAUCGUAAUUUGCAACGAUUACCAUUACAAAAUAUCCAAAAUAUACAAUCACAUCAACUUUCUCGUGAAUACGCCAAUAAAUCACUGAUUGAAUAUAGAAAUCGAAUAAAAGAUCAGAUGUUAAAAAAAAAUAAACAUCCUCUUGAAUACUCUAUUAACGAUUAUAUAUGUGUUGCUAUUCCAAAAAUAGAUCGUAACAGCAUUGACCGGUAUACUUUACCUUGCAAAAUAAUUAGCGAAUUGCCAGACAAGAUGUACCAUUUACAAUGUAAAAAUAGAAUUCUUGAUACAACUUAUGGUGUGAAUGAACUUAUGCCGCUUGGACCAACUAGUUACGAAGAGCUUAAU